AUGCCCCGGUCUCUCAGCGGAGUUCGCAGAGGCGUGGCCACAGCCCUGGUGGUCGCAGCCGCAGGCAUCCACUGCGCAUGGCAAACCUUCGUUUCCAUGUCAGGCACCAGGGCAGGUGGCAAGCCCAAUACCCGACAAGAUGCUGGAAUUGCCAGGUUUGCCGAGAGCGACGCUGUGGAGGUCGACAGCCGAGAGGACAUCGAAGUGUGGGAUCAGACGGCUGAGGAGCUGUCCCUUGACAUGCGAGAGCUGUUGGUAACGGAUGCAAAUGUCUACUUGGUCGGACCAGACUUGGACUCGUACAGGGAAGACAUCAAGCUGGUUGCCGAGCGCAUCAACUACACCUUCAUGGAUUUUGAAGCUACGACCCUCGCAGCGGCUGGGGAACUUACUGGCCAGCUGGAAAAGGUGAUUGCCGUGCCGCCACUAACCGGCGUCACCCGCUUGCCAUGGAAAGUGAUGAUUCAUGGGCUCAUAGUCUGGCUCGAUCCGGAUGGCUGGGAGAGGCGAGACGUGAGAGCGCGCGAGAAAAUCCGGAAGAGGAAGUUUCCCAAGAAGAAGGCGGCCUUUGGCCCUGAGAAGGCCAUGGAGUUCGGCUUCAACCGGCCCAAGGAGAUCGAUGCCGCUGACCCCAUCGACAUGUGGCAGGAGGCAGACGUCCACGUGGACUUGCAGGCUCGAAGUGACAUGCCUGUUGCCGACCACAUCAUGGCAGCUGUGAUCGACGCGAUCUUGCGCAGCCCGCCCAAAUGGCGCAGUUGGAUGAAGGCGGGCAAAGUCCGCGGGACUAUCCCCACGGAUUACGAGACGCCCUACCAGGUGCGGCGUGAGUUCCACUCCUACGGCAUGUCGCCGCGCUUGAACAAGUUGCUGAAAGCUUAA